CGACCCGCCUGUACUCGCUAUCCUCCUCCUCAGCUCUCUAGCCUGCUUCACCGAGCGACCGUCAUACUGGCCGCCAGGAAAAGGAAAGACCGUGGCACGGCCGAGAGAGCAACGGUGGCCCAAAGGAAGAACAGGCUCUUUCAUAAAUGACUGAAGCAAUCAACUGGACCGAGAAAUACAGGGAAAAAAUCCUUCAAGCCCGAUUUCACCCCCAAAUUUUGACGACCACCGGGAAUGAAACUGAGAACCGCUCUCGUAUUCACCAAUAUUUCAUCCGCCACCGUGGAGCACAAGGGGGAUAAGAGUCUGACUUCUAUUGAUAGCCAUCUUUUACAGACAAAAGGGAGCAGCUAAGUGAUAUAACUUCACACAGAGACAAACAGACGGUGCUGCGUGUCCCCCAAUGGCCAAAGCAGGGAAAAUGUGGAGCAGCCUGCGCAGUCGCUGCCACACCUUCCUCCACCUGGACGGCCCAUGCGAGGUCAUGGACGUGGCCCCCUGCGGGUUGGACCUGGCCCGGGCCAGCUGCUCAGGCGAGGCCCAGGCUUUCCGGGCCUCCAGCCCCCCGCGGAGCCUCUCGCCCCUCGGCCCGCUGGUGGUGCCCCGGCGGGGCCACAACUGCGCCACGGACGGCCCCCAGAUCCUGGAGAUCACACUGGACCGGGACGGGGAGGAGGACGUGGUGCGGCGGGGGCCUGGCGGGGUGACCCUCGGCCGACGGGACUCGUACUCACGGCACGCUCCCUGGGGGGGUAAGAAGAAGCACUCGUGCUCCACCAAGACACAGAGCUCGCUGGAGGCCGAGCGGAGAGGGGGGCGCGCAUCGCGGGCGGCCGGGAGGAGGGAGAGACGCUACGCCGUCAGCUCCAUCCAGGAGAUUGCUGAGCCUGGAGUGGCGGGCCGCAGUUUGAGUGCCCGGUCAUUGCGCCAGCGCCUCAGGGACACCAUGGGCCUGUGCCUGCCGCUGUCGCCACGCCGGCGGUCCCGGUCCACCUCGGCCAAGCCGGCCUCUUGCUCUCUGGCCUUCUCCACUGUCUCGUCGUCUUCCUCGUCUUCGUCCUCCUCGUCCUCCUCGUCAGCCGGCUCGUCCUGCUCCUCGUCGUCCAAGCGCAAGAUCCACCUGACCGAGCUCAUGCUGGAGACAUGCCCCUUCCCACCGGGCUCGGACCUGGCCAACAAGUGGCACCUGAUCAAGCAGCACACGGCGCCGGUCAGCCUGCAGGCGUCCGGCGCACUGCUGACCUCUGAUCCCGCCGAGACCUCCGCCACCGCUGGCCACGCCGCGCCCGAGGAUGAGGAGGAGCGCAUGCGCGAGCGCCGGCGAAUCAGCAUCGAGGAAGGCGUAGACCCGCCGCCCAACGCUCAGAUCCACACCCUGGAGGCGGGACUCCCGCCAAGCUCCUCCUCCUCUUCCUCCAUAUAUAAACUGGGACCAAAGAUGGCGCCAGCGACCAGUGGCAGCAGUAGCGGCCCGAGCGAAUGUGCAGGCGUCGGAGUGACCGCAGAGGUGUCGGGGGUGCGGGGGAACCUGAGCGGGAUGGUCACGUCGGGGAGUGUCCUAGGCGGCCUAGUGGCCCAGGCCCUGUCCGGGCUGUCCACUUCGUCCUCGUUCUCCCACCCCCCUGCCUCAGAGGACUGUGACUCGGAGGAGGACUCCACCACCCUGUGCCUGCAGGCACGCCGGCCCAAGCAGAGGCAUGCGUCCGGUGAUGGGCACUCGUCGCGACAGGGCGGCAGCAGCAGCUCAGGCGUGGCAAGCUCGUCCAGCAGCAGCAGCGGUGGGCCCUGGAAGGUCCAUACGCAGAUCGACUACAUCCACUGCCUGGUGCCGGACCUGCUGCGCAUCACGGCGCUGCCCUGCUACUGGGGCGUGAUGGACCGCUACCAGGCCGAGGCACUGCUGGACGGCCGGCCCGAGGGCACCUUCCUCCUCCGCGACUCGGCCCAGGAGGACUACCUGUUCUCGGUGAGCUUCCGCCGCUACAACCGCUCCCUGCACGCGCGCAUCGAGCAGUGGAACCACAACUUCAGCUUCGACGCGCACGACCCGUGCGUCUUCCACGCGUCCACCGUCACGGGCCUGCUCGAGCACUACAAGGACCCGUCGGCGUGCAUGUUCUUCGAGCCGCUGCUCACCGCGCCGCUGCACCGCACCUUCCCCUUCGGGCUGCAGAGCCUGGCACGCGCAGCCAUCUGCCAGCGCGUCACCUACGACGGCAUCGCCGCGCUGCCGCUGCCGCCCGCGCUGCAGGACUUCCUCAAGGAGUAUCACUACAAGCAGAAAGUCCGCGUGCGCUGGCUGGAGAGAGAGCUGCCCAUCAGGGGCAAAUAAGAGGGGCAAGGGGGGGCAGCUUG